UAUGCUCGCCCACCUCGUCGUCCUCGGGGCGGUCGCGCUGCCGCUGCUGCUGGUCUUACGGGUGUACAUGGUUCUUCCUCCUCAGGCGUCGCCUCGUCGCGGCCAUACCGCCGAGAUGCAGACACUGUUGAGAGACAUCGACUUCACGCGAUACACCCCCCGAACCUACGUCUACUGUCCCGGCGACUCGAUGUCACUUCGGGCCAUCGCCGAUGUCGAAACGACCAAAGCAUCUGGAUCCUACACCCUCCUCCCCCUCCCCCGUGCCCGACGGGUCGGCCAGUCCCUCCCCUCCACACUCAUCUCCACGGCCUGGACCCUCCUCGUAGCCCUGCGAGACCUCUUUGUACGACCCCUCCUGACCCGCCCGAGCAGGCCGUGGGUCGAGGUCCUCCUGGUGAAUGGCCCGGGGACUUGUGUGGCGCUCGUAGCGGUGUCGUAUAUCCGCAGGAUCCUCGGCCUCUCCUACACCCGUAUCAUCUACGUCGAGUCUUUCGCCCGGGUCGACUCUCUCUCCCUCUCCGCCAAGAUCCUCCGACCGGUGGUCGAGACAUUUGUCGUCCAGUGGCCGCAUGCCGCGGGUCGGGGUGGUGUUGAAGUGGAUCCGAACCCGUCGGCGUCCUCGUCCUCGUUCUCGUCGUCCUCGUCUUUGACGAGAUUACCGAAGGUCAAGGCCGGGUCGAACGCUGGGUCCACGGCUAGAAAGACUGAUCAGACGAGAUCAUCUGGGAGGGUGACAUAUCGCGGGUGGCUCGUG